ACAACACUGCAGCGCUAGCUCUUCCAGACAGGACAAACAAAAGGAGACAGCAAGACGGGAAAGACGACGACAACGACCUAGCACAUUGAGAGGGGCACAAGCCUGUGGAUCCGACAUCUGCGAGGACCGCCAAUAUUUUACCAUGAAGAAUACUUCCAACAAUAGCAGUAGCAGCACCAGCAGCAGUAGUGGCCAGGACGACGAGAUCCUGCUGCACCCCGAUGCACUCCACUGCCUCAAGCGGCAGCAGCUCGUGAGCCUCUGUGGGAGGCUGGGACUCAAGGCAAACGGAAAGAACGUCGAUAUGGUUGCCAGGCUGCAAGACUUUGCCGCCAAUAAAGUCAGCGAGGACGGGCCGACACAGGGCAAGCUUGUCGUGCUGCGACCGUCGGCAUCGAUGACGACGACGACGAUAGCGACAGCGACAACGACAAUGACAACGACGAAGGCAGUGGUCAGAGGUGGGCGCAAUCGACGAGCGACUGCCGCAUCCUCUCGAUCUGCCGUUCGAUCAGACAGCCAGGGUGCGAGCCCGAGGCGAGGAGCAGAAGCGAAAGAAGAGGCGGACACUGCUAGGUCAGCUAUGGCCACGCGACGCACCAUGAGAUCGACGAGCGGGACUGUGAAGCCGGCCGGGGGUGAAGUGCCAGCCAAUGACGAAAACGAGGAGGCAUGGACCCCAAAAGAAGGACCUUCAAUUACAAGAGAGAGCCUGGCCGUCGCUGACAGCAAUGCAAAGAGCCAAGCCGUCGAUGUGGAGCUCUCCAAAGGACACGCCAGCAUCAACGCGAAGAUGGAAGGGAAGAAGGACAAGGAGGACAAGGAGGACAAGGAGGACAAGGAGGACAAGGAGGACAAGGAGGACAAGGAGGACAAGGAGGACAAGGAGGACAAGGAGGAUAUUGCGGCCACCGUUAUCACCCAGAGCUCCGUCAACAGCGCAUUGGUCUCGGGAGAGAGCGCGAGGAGAAGUCCGUGCCACGAUGAAGCGACUUCCCUGAGUGAGUUAGGAUCGCUGGCCAACAUGAUCCAAGAACGAGCCACGCCAAAGGCAAAGCGGCCCUCGCUGCAUCACACAGAGAGUCCUCUUCGGUCGCUGACGGGAAGCAUGCGGGGGCUGUUCGGUAGAACGGCCUCGCCUAAGCACGACCAGGCGACGCACUUGGGCAAGAGAAGCGUCCAAGACGACGAUGAGCAGCAAACGCAGGAAAAGGAGCAGGAGCGACCAAGAGAGGGAGAGAGGCAGCCAUGGAACAAUGUGGCACUGGAAGACCUCGGAGACAGUCCCUUUAAGCAGUCCAUCCGCCUCAUUGGCCAGACCGUGGACUUCGACACAGACAGUCCACCCAAAGGAGACAUGCAGUUGCCCCAACGCAUCACCAAGCCUCGACCGUCGCGAGGCGCCCCGAGGAGCACGGAUGAUAUCACCACGACGACGCCCACCGUGCCGCGCAUUUACCCCAUCCUUACAGAAGCUCGCAAUUGCAACGACGACGACGACGACGAAGAUGACGGAAGAAGUGGGCCCCCCUCCAGGAACCCCAAGGGCGUUUCCUCCUCUUCUUUUUCUGACGCUGCUGCCAAAGUCCUGGCCGAAAUGAAUGCUCGGCUGGCAAAGGCAGGCCGGUCAAUCGCUCCCCAGCUGCCAUCCCAAGGGAUCUGGUCUAUUGCCGUGCCAGGCUCCUCGACAUCGUCUGGGAUUGAUCCCAUUCGCAAGCUGGCUUCGGGCAAAGGCGAUCGUUUCACCGAACAGCACGAGCGCUCCUUCGGUAACAUGGACAGCAUCGCCAAUCACUACGCCGCAAAGAGGCGCGUUGCUUCGGCGAACUCGUCAGCCGCCGAGGCCCAGUCGCCUUCGCCCAAGCGCGUUCGCAUGGCGCAAGACAGCGGUACGGGACGUUCAGCAAGGACGGAAGAGGAAAGAGAGAUCAAUCGGCGGAGGCUCGAGCUGGCCAGGCAGAAGCGAAAGAGCCAAGGUCCAGGCGCUUCCUCUUCGCAACAGAAGAGAAAACCGUUCAGCAUCGCUUCGCAGGUAGGCAACCGCGUCGUGGGCGCUGCCAAGGGCCUGGCUCGCGAUGUAGGAAGGAGCGUCGCCCAUCCCACUGCCAUCAUUGGUGCUUCGGCGGCCACUACAGCGAUCAAGAAUGCCAGGAAGCCCGUGUUGGGCAUCACAUCGACGACGUCGGCAAAGGUGUCGGCUGCUCCUGCCACAGGCACAUCAAUCAGGGAGAAGACCUCUUUGCCAUCCUUGCCGUCACUGGCGAUAAGAAAGACAGCGUUCCUUCUCAAGGGUCGCUCUGAAAGAGAGCAUUCCAUGUCCGAGAUGCCCUCUUCACCUUCUCAGUCACUAGCCAGCGUUCAGUCGCCACCCACCAAGAACGGGUGGACCAUGGUACCAAGCCCGGUCCGAUCGAGGGUCAACGAUGCUGCCAGCCGCCAAUCUCCCGUCCCUUUGACUCGUGCAGUCGCUUUUCCAAAAAGCACAGACUUGACACCUUCGCCCCUGAAGAAUGGCUUGGCCGUAUCCGCACACCCGGACCGAGCGACGAUGCAGUUCAAGAAAGAAGCCGAAGGCGUCCUACCGUCUUGCAACAUGAGCGACAGUUACCGCGCCUCUCCGGCACCUGCUUCCACUGCUUCCAAGACGACGGGGAAACCAGUGGGCAAGAUUCGAUCCAUGAGCUCUGUCGCGACGAGCUCCUUGGCGUCCACGGCCAAGCUGUCGAGAACCGACAAGGUGAUCCGGGCCGCACGCAGAAGCGAGAUCCGGUCAAGGGCUCUUCUCGCCAAAAAGGCAGACGCCGCGCCAUCUACUCGCAACAAUCGAGAAGACAGCAGCAGCAACAGCAGCAGUUCAGUAGCCAUCCAAGCGGCGCACAGAAUAGGCUCAGUGACGUCAAGCAGAAGACGUCUGCAACACAGGGCCCCUUUCAAGCCAUAAGGAAAGGCUACUUUUCUCUCUUAAACUUUGCCCCCUGUUAUUCUAGUGUCGCAUCAAGACAUCUCUAUCCAUCAUCAUUGCUAUGAGCGACUACAUCGU